AUGCCUCCGAUCGACUACUCGAAAUGGGACAAUAUCGAUACCGAUUCCGAACCGGAAUUCCCCCCGCCUCAGGCACCAAAGCCAGCCCCCAAACCAGCCAAUAAGCCAGCUCCCGCCCCAGCUCAAGCUACCCCAGCCGCGUCCCCCUCCGACAAAAAGACAGUCAAGGCUGUAACUGCCAAGUGUACUGGUGAAGGCGGCCCCGGAUGGUCUGCGAUUACCAUUCCCUCUGACCACCCCAUCUUCCAAAAUGAAGUGCCUCCCGUGCCCGCCUUACUCGAUUUACCCGUUGUUAUUCACCGCGUCGGAUCGCGUUCAAAUGGACAACACAACUACCUCGAUAACCAGCCCAUCACUUACAUCAACAUUGAGGCAGAUUCGGGGUUUGCACCCCCGAAGUGGCAGUCGGGCAUCGGCACUGUGAUCAUUGCCCGCAAAGACAAGAAGGAUCUCUCACCGGAGCAUUACGAGGCGAUCUGGAUGUACUGUGACUACAUCCUCGACUGGUUUGGUGAGGGACCUACGCCAACUCAUCUUUACACCCGCCAGAAGUUUGAGCAGUGGUUUAGGGGCUACAAGCUGAGAGCCGUUUCGAUGGGCCGUGAGGAGUGGAACUCCGUGACGCCGCUGUACUGA